UGAUGAAGCUGACUCUGUCUCUCUGUUGCUUCCAUCUGCUUCUGCUCCUCAAUUAUGGCCGAGGCAAACCUCAGUCCGACUUACAGAACUUGAAGCGGAUUUUGGAGGAGAUGAACGGCAUACCUCAUGGCUCCUCGGAGGAGACGCCGGACGCGGAGAAGUCGGAGCGGGGAGAUCCAAACUGGCGUCCGGGGGACUUCUCGGACCCUGGCAACUCGGCACUGGAGGCUAAGACCGACGUCUUCUCCCGCCUCUUCAAAGACCUCUUCCGGACCUCCAAAGGCUCCUGGGGCCGCUACAAGAAAGGCGGGCUGAGGAGCUGCUUUGGCGUCCGCUUGGACAGGAUCGGAUCUUUCAGCGGGCUGGGAUGCUGAGGGGGAGGAGAGAAAAAGGCUAACACCAUCAAGACCCGUCAGCAAAGUAUCAACAUUGUUUUUAUUGUACAUUUUCCCUUUCAUAACUUGUUGUUUAUGUUUGAAUUAUUAUGCUGCUAACAAAACACUUGCCUUGUAUUAAAUAGUUUUGGAGUA